GUCAUCGCGCGUCCACUCUCCAGCUGCUACUUUUUUUUUUCCCUCAAGGUCAAACUCAAACCAUAUCAGGGCAACUGGGCAAGGUCAAUUCGCCUCGGGGGCUGACCUCCCAUACCUAUAAAUACACGCAGCCCGUGCAUCUCCAAGGUCAGCCAAGCCCGUGCAUCUCCAAGGUCAGCCAAGCCCGUGCCGGUGACACCUCGAGAACGCAAGUCGCGAGCUUUGAAUCCUUGAGAGGUCAGGCCAGGCCAGAGCUUGCUCUUCGCGUGGGCGCGCCAUGAGGCGUGCGGAGCGGGGCGACGAGGCGGAGGCGGAGCGGCGGCGCGGGUACAAGGGCGUGCGGCGGCGGCGGUGGGGCAAGUGGGUGUCGGAGAUCCGGGUGCCCGGCACGCGGGAGCGCCUGUGGCUCGGCUCCUACGCCACGCCCGAGGCCGCCGCCGUCGCGCACGACACGGCCGUCUACUUCCUCCGCGGCGGGGCCGGCGCCGGGCCGGGCGUCGCAGCCGGCGGCGACGUCGCGGCGCUCAACUUCCCCGAGCGCGCCGCGGCCGCGUACGGCGCCGGCGCCGGCGCCGGGGCGGCGCGCCUGUCGCCGCGAUCCGUGCAGCGCGUGGCGUCGGACGCCGGCAUGGCCGCCGACGCGCAGCUCGUCACGGCGCGGGACAGCGCGCCCGCGCCCGCGCACAGGUACGCGGCGGAUCGCACCGGCAUUGGCGGCGGCGCGAGCGCACGGCCGCGCGAUCAGGACGACGACGCGUACGCGAGCCGCGCGCACGCUAGCAGUAACAGCACGGGCGGGAGCAGGGAGCAGCAGCUCGUCACCGGGGAGAUUAGCGUGGAUGACAUAGAGAUCCUGAUGUAACAAGCCAAAAGAUAGUGCUACUGAAACUGACUGAUGCAAUAAAAUUCUUAUUGGCACGUACAUGCCGUUGCAAAACGCAUAAAUAAACCAGAUGAUGAAAGGAAAAAAAAAACAGAGACGCAUUUCAAUGUCAAGCAAGCUGACACUGUUUCAUCAGUCAGAACG